UCGGGGAUCGCGCGGGUCUCCGGGCACCCCCAAGGGGAACAGGGCCGCAGGGCGGGUGGGGAUCGCCGGGAUGCCAAGGGUCGGGGUCGGUGCCCAAGCGCGCGCGGCCCGGGCCCGGCCUCUCCCCGCCCGCGCGCGCGUAAUGGUCCCGCCCGGGCCGGGUUAAAGCUCGGGUGGCCCAGGCGUGUCCCCAACAGUCGCAGCCGCAGCCGCCAUGGGUUUGCGUGCAGGAGGAGCGCUGGGCAGGUCCGGGGCGCGCCGGGGAGCCCCCGAGGGACCCGGGCCCAGCGAGGGCGCGCCGGGCGGCAGCAUCCACUCGGGCUGCAUCGCCGCCGUGCACAACGUGCCCCUGCGGGUGCUCAUCCGGCCGCUGCCGUCCGUCCUGGACCCCGCCAAGGUGCAGAGCCUCGUGGACACGAUCCGGGAGGACCCAGACAGUGUACCCCCCAUCGAUGUCCUUUGGAUCAAAGGGGCCCAAGGGGGGGACUACUUCUAUUCCUUUGGUGGCUGCCACCGCUAUGCAGCAUACCAGCAACUGCAGCGAGAGACAAUCCCUGCCAAGCUUGUCCAGUCCACCAUCUCGGACCUAAGGGUGUACCUGGGUGCCUCCACACCAGACUUACAGUAGCAGCACCUGGUCACCUGCCACCACACUCAAGGGCCCAGAAGACAUAUGGCAUCCAAGAGCUAGAACUGAAGGAGGUGGAGCAAGAGGACAGCCUUUCCAUGGGG